UCCCGAUGGCGCGUCCACCGGCCAAGGCGGCGACGGCCGAGGACAAGCUGUUUGACGCGGUGGCGAACAAGGAUGAGGAUGCAGUUCGGGACAUUCUUGCGGACGGCGCUGUGAACGUGAACGCGAUGAGAGAAGUCGCCAAGAUUCAAACGACGCCGCUGCACCUUGCCGUGCUGCAAAACUACAAGCCAGUGAUUUCGUUGCUCCUGGCAGUGGCCUCCAUCGACGUGAACCUUCCCAACCGCAUCCACAAGAAAUCCACGACGCCGUUGAUCCGAGCAAUCCAAAAGGGAUACUGUGACAUUGCCCACCUCCUCCUCGCCCUGCCGCGCGGCACGAUCAAUUGCGACGCCACCACCGACAAAGGCGUGUCGGCGGCAACGGAAGUCGCAUCCUACGGCCGCGCCGCCAUCGUGCCAGCGCUCUGGGAGCACCUCGACGACACGUCCAAGGAAAAAUGCAUGUCGGAAGCGCUGAAGUCGCGUCAAUUCGAAGUCGUUGCCGCCAUCAUCGAGCUCGGCCACGACUUUGACGUGCUGCACAACGACUCGCUGCUUCUCGAGUCGGUGGCCAAGCACAUGACGAUUCCUGGCCUUGUCCGCAUGCUCAAGCGCGACCUUCCCUUUGCGAUCGUCGGCGACGGCGCGAACCCGGACAUGGACUUUGACUCGCAUGUGUACAACCUGUCGUGGAACGUGUUUGUCCAGCCGGGACUGGGCCUGAUGGAGCACAUUCGCAAGGAAGCCGUGAUCAAGGCGCUGCUCGACGACUUGGAAAACCUUGGCCGCGACCGCGUCCUGGAAGCGCUGGUGUAUGCCAAGGACGAGCACGAUCGGACUGCCCUCGACACGACGGAAAUCACCGUCAAGGAGUUCUUGGAGAAGCAAUUUUUCUUCAUGGAGCGGUACGAAAUCUUGCCCGGCCCGGCUGCCCACGUUAGUGACACGGCCGUCGUCGUGCUCGCCAACGACCACGGCAUUUGCUCCGAAGUGUUUCACGCGCAUGUCGAUGACAAGAUGUGCGUCGACCUCGCCGCGUUCCGCAAGUGCAACGUCGAGUUAAGUCAAGUAUGUCCAAGCGCCGAGCGCCGCCACCACCGAUCCCCGAUCCAGCGCAAGCAGCACGAGGCAUUGCAUGAUGCGAGCGCGGUCGACAAAUGGGACGCGUCGUUCGCGGCGUUCUCCAAGGAGAUUCCAGGGCUCGUCACCGAGGCCGAGUUCAAGCGGUUUUGCGACAUGCAGUACGGCCGCAAGCUCAAGGUCGCGCUCAAGUUGAUGCGGCGCGAAGAGGAUUACACGAAGGAGCUCGAGAUGCGCCGCACGAUCACGCGUCAGGAGCCGUCCAAGUACUUUUUGAACGCGCUGCCGUCGCCAGCGCAGACCGAGUUUGAAGCGGCGGUCGGCAGCCUGACCGUCAAUGACAACAUGAGGUUGGGAGCGUUCAAGCACGUGCUGGUGCUGCCAGCAGGCGACCGCAGCCUUGCCGACAUCCAUCUGAAGGAGCGCCCGAGCCCCAACCACGUCCGAUUUCUUCUCGAAGAAAUCAUCCGAGCGCUCCAGCAGCUCCACAUUUGGAACAUCGUGCACUGCGACCUCAAGAUGCUCAACGUGCUGCGCGUGCUCUACCAAGUGAAACUCAUUGAUUUUGACGCGGCCACGACGGUCGGGCAUCGCGUCGGGUCCAAGGUCUCGUCCGGGGUCAUGCCGCCAGAAAUGUUUUACAAGCUCGAGAACGACGCCGAGCGCGAUCUGUACAAUCUGUACUGGGAGCACGACUCGCGGCUCCACAACAAGCUCAAGCCGCGAUCGAACAUUGUGAUGCGGUGCUCGCGCGCCGACACGGAUCGCUCUCCGCCGUACGAUUUCGUCGAGGCAUCGCCUCAAAUCGACAUCUGGUCGCUCGGCGUCAUCAUGUUCCAGCUCUGGUCUGGAGAAGAGCUCGUCCCGACCGACGUCAACCAGGACGUUGUGGCAGGGCAAAUCGAGACCGCCAUGGCAUGGACAGAGGGCGACUUGCACCGUCACAUUGAGCAGCACAUCGCAAACGAAGACCAGCGCAGCUUGCUCUCGCACGUCCUUGUCGUCGAUCCGUCCGAGCGGUGGUCGCUCGAACGCAUCUUGAACCAUCCGUAUUUCAGGGUGUAAGGGCGUAAAACAACACGCUGCAGUGGACAUGGA